AUGAGCAAAGUGGUGGAGAGUCCAGAUAGCGAUAAAAACGGUACCAAGAUCAUGGGUCGUCAAUCGAAAAAUAAGAAUAACGUGGUUCACAAGCGAAUCGGUUGCCCAAGCGAAUCGGUCGCGCCCCACCAGCGCGUCAACGUCGACACUACAUCACAUUAUGUCUCAACAACGCAGUUACUUAUCAACUUAUUCUGA